GUCUCAGUGGCAUCGCGCAACUUAAGAAAGCGAUCUGGAGGUGAACGGUGAAGUUACUUGUGAUUAGUAACCUUUGUUAUUAAACGUUUUUUUUGCUACAGUUUGGAUUGAAAUGUACGGAGCCCGGCCUGUCACACGUCGGAGAAAAAAAACAAGACCUGCUAAUCCGUAGCCACAGUUUUGUAAUUCGUUUCCAAGGUUUAAAAAUCCGUACGCACAGAUUCUUAAACGGUUCCCACAGUUUGCAAAUCUGUGCUCUCGGAUUGAUAAACUCUACCCUCGAGUAUACAAUCCGUCCCCUCCGUUUUUGAAAUCUGUACAUACAAAUUCAUAAUCUGUACCCACGCUUUCGCAAUCCGGGCGCACGGUUUUGCAAACUGUACCCACGGAUUUGUGGCUACUCCCUCAUUUUGGAAACCUGGCGCCUAAAGCAAGGAAAAGAAUACGCAACAUUUUGUGUUUAAUAAUAGUUUACAAAAUUGAGAAUUUCCUUAAUUUUCUUAAAAAUGAGUUGGAUGACGUGACUGUCAGCUUUUCGAGGGGAGAAGGUAGGUUAUGUCGUAAAAAACAUUUAAAUUUAUUCUCGAUAAAAAGUAGAAUCAUGGAUUUAUUAAAAAUUCAGUUGGUUCAUUACUAGUAAGGGAAGGUAGAGGAAAGUGAGACAAAUAGAGGACUUUUUGAAUAUAAAUAAAAUGGCAAGGAGUAAAAAGUUAUUAAAAAUGUAAUUAAACUAUAGAGAUAUUGUAUAUUGUUCUCAGGUAAAGAACAGAUCCCCCAAAAUAAUACUUCAGUAGAGUUAUCAAGUAAAGUUACUCAAGUACUUUACACCUCUGCUGGAGAGCAUCCAUACACCUGUCUUCAGAUCUCAAAUCUCAAGUAUAUUUUGUGGCAAAUUUGGUAUAUUUUAUUACAGUGUAGAGCAAAUUAAAAAGAGAGAGAAAGAGGAUGGAAACAAAGUUACAAAAGGUGCAAAUAAAAUGUAGUUAGAGCUAAAAGAUAAUAAAAAUAAAGAAGGAAGGAGGUAAUAAGAUAUUUGAGCGUGAUAAGAAUAUAAUAAUUAAAUGUAUUGAUUUUAUUUAGUUAUUCAUUAGUUUUUUUUUUCUCAUUGUGACGCCACACUCGAGCCCGCCAGUAGGUGGCGGAAAUGGGCCUGUUGAAGAAGAAGAAAAGAAGAAGAAGAAGCUGCCUACCAUAAAUAAUGAAGAGUUCAAGAGAACAGUUUGAUAUAAAGAUCUUUAAACACAAAGGUUUGUUUCUCUAAUCCACACUUGAAAAGCAAGUUAUGUGUGACACAAAAUUCAUUAAAGAGGAGAGUGAAGACAUGAGUGUUACAGACACCAGCACAAUGAAAAAUGAAGAUGAUGCAGAACAAAGAGACCUAAUGGAACCGGAAGAAACAACAGUAUCAGUAUGUCCUCAUUGUGGAAAGAGAUUAAGAAGUGAAGAGCAGCUUGUGAAGCACAUAAGAAUCCACACUGAAGAAAAGUCCUUCACCUGCCCUCAGUGUGGAAAGAGUUUCACAAGAAAAUGUGUUCUCAAGAUCCACAUCACAAUUCACACUGGAGGAAAACCAUUCAUAUGUGUUCAGUGUGGAAAGAGUUUCACACAAAAAAGUUAUCUCAAGACACACAUGAGAAUUCACACUGAAGAAAACCCGUAUGCAUGUGUUCAGUGUGGAAAGAGUUUCAGACAAAAAUGUCAUCUCACGACCCACAUGAGAAUUCACACUGGAGAAAAGACAUUCACAUGUGUUCAGUGUGAAAAGAGUUUCGCACAAAAAAUAACACUUGAGUCCCACAUGAAAAUUCACACUGGAGAAAAGCUACACACAUGUGUUCAGUGUGGAAGGAGUUUCGCACAUAAAAGAACUCUGGAGGUCCACAUGAGAAUUCACACUGGUGAGCGUCCAUACACAUGUGUUCAGUGUGGAAAGAGUUUCACACAAAAAACUAGUCUUAAGAAUCACAUGAGAACUCACACUGGAGAAAAGCCUUAUACAUGUGAUCAUUGCGGAAAUAGUUUCACAAGAAAAAUUCAUCUAGAGGACCACAUGAGAACUCACACUGGAGAAAAGCCGUUUGCAUGUUUUCAGUGUGGAAAGAGUUUCACAUAUAAAAGUGUUCUUAAGACACACAUGAGAACUCACAAUGGAGAGCGUCCAUACACAUGUCUUCACUGUGGAAAGAGUUUCACAUGCAAAAUAAAUCUUGAGGAACACAUGAGACUUCACACUGGAGAAAAGCCAUUCACCAAGCCCUUAUUGGACAAUUCUCCCGGAAAAGCACGGGGCCGCAAGGAGAGCAGGAGAAGGAGCAUGCGCAGACGUCACUUUCACCUGUGUUGAGGAGAGAGAGCAUACGUUCGCGAAGUUCGGGGGUUUGUUUGUUCACUGCAUUUGGGUGAUGAAUGUUAUGUAGACUGUGAAUAUAACGCUGGAUUUGGAGAUCGUUUAAAACUGAUAUAUGGAGCCGUCCCAGCGCUAAAAGAUGGCGGACAUGAACCACAUGCGGUGUGUCAAACUGAUGUCUGUGUUUUGUUGACAAUGGUUACGCACGUGCUUUGGUUAAGUCUACCCCUCCCCCCGCAUGCGUCUGUGUUUCCGUAAAGCUGUGUCUAUCUUUUAUAAAGGUGAUCAAACUAAAUACUCUUCGAAGGUACGAAGUAUGCAGUACUACUCUAUAUGUACUCAAGAUUAAUAUGAGAUUGGCUGAAACCCUGUGUGUUAAGGCCGCUUUAAUAUCAAAGAUAUCAAAUAUAUCUCUUCAUUCAGACCCCAAUGAUCAUAUAAUGAUCAUCAACCCUCAUCAAUCCUGUUUUUGAUAAUAGUCUUAAUAAGAAAUGCACAAGACACUUGUCACUUUUUCUUAGAAGAUAAAGACCUUGGAAAUGUAUUAAAGUGGUGAAUUUAUUUAUUUAUCAAACAGCAUGCAGGACACUGUUCUAAAUGACUGGCAGAUAUUUUAUUGAUGAUUAAUAUGAUAGCACUUAAUGUCUCAUGGGCUAAAUAUGUUUGUUAUUAAUGUAAAGGCAUGUUUAAAGUUACAUUCAAAUAUUAA